AUGUCCGUUUCUAUGAGAGAUUUGGAUCCAGCUUUCAAGGGAGCUGGCCAAAAGGCGUAUCCUGCACUAGCUAAUAAUAAUAUAUCAUGCUGUUUAACAAUUAUCAUAUUUCAUCCUGACAUAGUUCAUUCAUGUGGACUUGAAAUAUGGCGUAUCGAGAAUUUUAAUCCAGUUCCCAUCCCUGAAUCAUCUUAUGGAAAGUUUUUCACUGGGGAUUCCUAUAUGAUCUUGAAGGACUUAAUCCUAAGAGGCUUGAAAGGUCCUUCACACCGAUGUCCUGUGCAUGAGACUCCCACUAUUGUGGGGUCUAGGCAGGGUUUUACAACUGCUUCAAAAAGUGGUGCUCUGCGUCAUGAUAUCCAUUAUUGGCUUGGUAAAGAGACCAGUCAGGAUGAAGCUGGUGUUGCAGCAAUCAAGACAGUUGAGUUGGAUGCAGCUCUAGGAGGACGAGCUGUUCAGUAUCGUGAAGUACAAGGCCAUGAAACUGAAAAGUUCCUCUCUUAUUUCAAACCAUGUAUCAUACCUCAAGAAGGUGGAGCUGCCUCUGGUUUUAAACAUGUCGAGGCUGAAGAACAUAAGACACGGUUGUUUGUAUGCAAAGGGAAACAUGUGGUUCCAUUUGCUCGAUCUUCACUGAACCAUGAUGAUAUUUUUAUUCUGGACACUGAGUCCAAAAUUUUCCAAUUUAAUGGUUCCAAUUCAUCAAUUCAAGAAAGGGCUAAAGCAUUGGAAGUUGUACAGUUUAUUAAGGAUACCUACCAUUGUGGGAAAUGUGAGAUAGCUUCUAUUGAGGAUGGAAAACUGAUGUCUGAUUCUGAAACUGGAGAAUUCUGGGGUUGCUUUGGGGGCUUUGCUCCUCUUCCACGGAAAACAGUCAGGGAUGAUGAUGAUGAUAAGCCUGCUGAUUCUCAUCCACCAAAGAUACUUUGUGUUGACAAGGGGAAGAUAGAACCUAUUGAAACUGAUUCUUUGACCAAGGAAUUGCUGGAGACCAACAAAUGCUAUAUUAUAGAUUGUGGGUUGGAAGUGUUUGCAUGGAUGGGAAGAAACACAUCUCUUGAUGAAAGAAAAAGUGCAGGCGGAGCUGCAGAGAAGUUAGUCAGUGACACUGGAAGACCAAAGUCCCAUAUAAUUCGUGUAAUUGAAGGGUUUGAAACAGUAAUGUUCAAGUCCAAGUUUGAUUCUUGGCCUCAGGGAACUCAUGUAAUGUCUGAAGAUGGUCGUGGCAAGGUAGCAGCACUUCUAAAACGCCAAGGCUUGGAUGUCAAGGGUCUCUUAAAAUCUGAACCUGUAAAAGAGGAACCUCAACCUUACAUAGAUUGCACAGGAGAUUUGCAGGUUUGGCAUGUGAAUGGUCAGGAAAAGAUUCUUCUUCCAGCCACUGAUCAGUCAAAAUUUUAUAGUGGAGAUUGCUAUAUCUUUCAAUAUUCAUAUCCUGGAGAAGAUAAGGAAGAGUAUCUUGCGGGAACAUGGAUUGGAAAGACUAGUGUUGAGGAAGAGAGGGCUUCAGCUCUUUCACUAGCAAGCAAAAUGGUUGAGUCAAUGAAGUUUCUUCCUACCCAGGCUCGUAUCUAUGAAGGCAGUGAACCAAUUCAAUUUCAUGCCAUCCUCCAAAGCUGUAUUAUUUUUAAGGGUGGACUUAGUGAUGGAUACAAGAAAUACAUUGCCGAGAAGGAAAUUCCAGAUGAGACAUAUAGCGAGGAUGGUGUUGCAUUAUUCCGCAUCCAGGGCCUUGGACCAGAAAAUAUGCAAGCUAUACAAGUUGAACCAGUUGCUUCCUCCUUGAAUUCCAGUUAUUGCUACAUACUUCAUAGCGGACCCACUGUUUUUACUUGGUCUGGAGGUUUAGCAACUUCAGAUGAUCAAGAGCUUGCUGAGAGAAUGCUGGAUUUGAUUAAGGGUCCUGGGUUUGAUCCGGGCAGGUGCUAUCACCCAAGCCACAUUACCCAUCCUGGGAACUACGUCUAUCCGGAUUUACAAUGCAAACCACAUAAGGAAGGCGUAGAAUCGGAGCUGUUUUGGGAUUGGUUGGGCGGAAAAUCGGAAUAUCCCAGUCAAAAGAUCGCGAGGGAUGAAGAAAAUGACCCUCACUUAUUUUCUUGCAACUUCUCACAAGGAAAUUUAAAGGUGAAAGAGAUAUACAACUUUACCCAGGAUGAUUUGAUGACAGAGGAUAUUUACAUCUUGGAUUGUCACUCUGAAAUCUUCGUCUGGAUUGGCCAGCAGGUUGACCCAAAGAGUAGAAUGCAGGCUCUAACAAUUGGUGAGAAAUUUCUCGAGCUUGAUUUUCUUCUAGAAACAUUAUCUCGUGAAGCUCCAUUAUAUAUUGUCAUGGAAGGUAGUGAGCCACCUUUCUUCACUCGCUUCUUUAAAUGGGAAUCUGCAAAAUCUGCAAUGCUGGGAAACUCGUUUCAAAGGAAGCUUGCAAUCAUCAAAAAUGGGGGAGCGCCGCUUGUACUUAAACAUAAACGAAGAGCAACAGUAUCUUAUGGGGGAAGGUCUGGUGGUGUGCCAGAUAAAUCUCAGCGUUCCCGCAGCAUGUCUGUCAGUCCUGAUCGUGUUCGUGUGAGGGGCAGAUCUCCAGCCUUUAAUGCAUUAGCAGCUAAUUUUGAGAACACAAAUACCAGGAACCUUUCCACUCCACCUCCAGUGGUUAGAAAACUGUACCCAAAAUCUGUGGCACAGGAUACAGCAAAACCGGCACCUAAGUUUUCAGCCAUAUCUCAUCUUACUUCUAGUUUUGAACGAUCAUCAGCGCUAGAAAAUUUGAUUCCUCGGUCACAAAAAGGGAGUUUAGUUACCGCAAUAUCAAACCCGGAGACAAUUGACAAGGAGGGUUCUAUGAGCAGGAGAAUAGAAUCUCUUACCAUAGAGGAGGGUGUGAAAGAGGGUGAAGCUGAAGAUGAUGAAAGUCUCCCAGUUUACCCAUAUGAUCGCAUUAACACAGAUUCUACAGAUCCUAUAACAGAUAUUGACGUUACUAAACGAGAGGCCUAUUUGUCAUCUGCCGAGUUCCAAGAGAAAUUAGGGACGACAAAGAAAGAAUUUUACAAGUUGCCAAAAUGGAAACAGAACAAACUCAAAAUGGCAGUUCAGUUGUUCUGA